GCUGCUGGGGGGUACUGAAGUGUUGGGGAGAGACGGAUCACUCAUACUUCAUGGGGACAGCUAUAGAGCCACUUUGAUGUUAGAACGGGGAUGUGGCCAGGAUUACACACAAAAACUAUGCACUGGAUUUUUCUUAACUUCAAACAUUUUCAGUUACUUCUGCAAAUUGGUGUUUAAGUCCGACUGGGUGGUGUUAAGGACUCCUGACUUAACUUUUGUGCCGUGUACCCUAGGUCACAGACUUUUCCCCACGCCAGGGGAUUUAGUGUUUACUGUAAGUCUAGGGUGUCUCCUAUCCCCAGGGGCUCUGCUGCUGUAGCCAAUAUCAGAGGGCAUUCAUUUGUGUGGUGUCUUUUGGGAUUUUAACACCUUAAGGAUGAAGCGAAGCAAAAACAGGAAAACAGGAUUAAACUCUCCGUUGGUGACCGACUGUUGGUUACCAUGGAAACAUGAGUCCGGGAUGAAGUUCCAACAACGCUUGUUGAUCUUGGCUGGCCUGGGCCUGGUUGCCCUGGUGGGGCUGGUUGUCCUGGGCAGCACACAGCUCAUGGCCAUCCUUGAUAUAGGUCAGAGCAAUCGACCCAUCUACCGCGAAUCACCGUACCACGGCCGUGUUUUACGGUCUGUGUCCCGCGAAGUCUGCCAGGGCAUGGGUACUGUAACACCCACAACCACUAUCACCACACAGGCGCUGAAAAACCGCACCACCUAUGACAUGAAAAGCAAUGGCCAGUAUGUGAUACCAACAGAAAAAUCAGAUUCUACAGAGCCACUGACAGUGAUUGUGGUGCCACAUAGCCACAAUGACCCCGGGUGGCAACGGACUGUCGAGGAGUAUUAUGUCACCAAAACCAAAAACAUUCUCAACAAUAUGGUACAUAAGCUAAGGAUUUACCCAAACAUGACCUUUGUCUGGGCCGAGACUGUGUUUUUGAGCAUGUGGUGGAACGAACUGGAAGACGACACCAAGGCGCAGGUCCGGCGUCUUGUGAGACGGGGCCAACUUGAGAUCGUCCUUGGUGGCUGGGUGAUGCCAGAUGAGGCCAGCACACACUAUUACUCCAUCAUUGACCAGCUGAUGGAAGGCCACCAGUGGCUUGGGGAAAAUCUCCGUACCAAACCAGUCAACAGCUGGUCUAUUGACCCAUUCGGACAUUCCGGUACCAUGCCCUACUUGUGGAAAAGUGCUGGUUUAGAGAACAUGGUUAUUCAGCGCAUACAUCAAUCCACAAAGGCUGCUCUAGCAAGGAAUAAAAGUUUAGAAUUCAACUGGCGACAGGUGUGGGAUACUACAGGACACACUGACAUUCUGUGUCACACCAUGCCGUAUAUGUUGUACGGCACCAAACACACCUGCGGUCCAAACCCUGAUGUGUGUUUAAUGUUCGAUUUUUGGCAGGCGGAUCACGGCUUCCACAGAGAAUUCUCUAAACCAGUCACUGUGAAGAACGUUGAGGUGCUGGCUACGGCCUUGUACAGGCAGUACCGAUCCAAGGCAAGUUUGUAUCGGUACAACACCAUCCUUGUCCCACUUGGUGACGAUUUCCGAUACGACCAGGAAUCGGAGUGGGACAAACAAUACCAGAACUACGAUAUGCUAAUGCAGUAUAUGAACACUAAGGAGGAAUGGGAGGUUAACAUUAAAUUUGGAACACUGUCCGAUUACUUUAAAGCUGUAAGGAACUCGGAAGAAAUUUUAAAACAGGAAAAUCCAAUUGAACAGUUUCCUUCUCUAAGUGGUGAUUUUUUUCCGUAUUCUGAUAAAAACAAUGCCUACUGGACAGGAUACUUCACAACUCGACCGUUUGAUAAAAAGUUGUCAAGGGACGUACAGGCAAAUUUAAGGGCCGCAGAAAUGUUAUAUGUACUUACUAUAGCUUAUAUGAAAAAGUGGAAUCGUCCCUUUAAGUAUUACCACGAGACUGCGACACAUUUACAGCAAGCCCGUCGUAACCUGGGCGUGUUUCUUCAUCAUGAUGCCAUCACUGGCACAUCGAAGGCAUACGUCGUCGAGGACUUUGAGCGCCUCCUAAUGGCAGCGUACAACAGCACUCAGAAAGUUUUGACAAUUGCGACACAAACACUGUUGACACAGGGGCGAUUAGACUCUCCUCUGAUCAUCAGCCCAACUCUGUCCUACUCUGACCAUCGGUCACUCCCACGCCGGCAGGUCCUUCCUGUCGUCGAGUUUGGCUCUAAAGUCAUGCUGUACAAUCCAACCAUGCAUGACCGAACAGAGAUGUGGACACUACUGGUCAAUUCUGACCAUCUUAUCAUUCGUGACUCCGACAACCAAGUUGUGCCCCACCAAAUCAAUCCUGUCUGGGAUACUAAAAGUGCUGUGCACGAACGUGUUUACGAGAUAGUAUUUCUCAAAAAGCUAUCUCCCUUGUCAAUUGAAACAAUUUUCCUCUAUAAAGAAGAGAAAGUGACAAAUGACAACUCAUUCCCAGCUGAAAUCACCAUCUAUAAUACCAAGGAACUAGCUGUGCCACCACACUCACGAUUCUAUCAGAACAGGCCUCGAGAUUCUAAUCACUUCAGUGGACCCAUAGUAUUGGAGAAUGAUUUUUUACGAGCUGAAUUUAGUCCCAAGGACGGUAUGCUUAAACAGAUAGAGAAUAAAGCAACUGGAAAUGUGACAUUUAUACAACUUGAGUUUCUCCAAUACACAUCACAGGGAAGUGGAGCCUACCUCUUCUACCCAACCGCACAGGGUGCUGGCCCCACGCUAAAGGGUCUUCCUAUUGUCAGAGUGACACGGGGGCCACUCAUGUCGCAGGUGGAAGUCAUAUAUCGCCAUAUCCAGCACCUUGUCCAAGUGUACCACCACCCUGGGGCUCAGGGGCAGGGCCUCCAUAUAGAGAACCUCAUCAAUAUGUACGCACAGGAGCUACACGAUCGGGAGAUCAUAAUGAGGUUCAACACCAACAUCAAAAAUUCAAAUUUGUCGUACUACACAGACGAGAACGGCUUCCAGCUGAUUGGUCGUUCCACAGAUACAAAGCUCCGUACAGAGGCCAACUACUACCCAAUGACCAGCAUGGCGGUGCUCGAGGACCAUGAGUGUCGUCUGACGUUGCACUCUGGCCAGCCGCAUGGUGUGGCGGGGCUCCAACAGGGUCAGCUAGAGGUGAUGCUGGAGAGACAAUUGAUGUAUGAUGAUGAGAGAGGCCUUGGAGAGGGGGUGGAAGACAAUAAACUCACACUCAGUAGGUUCAUUUUACAAAUAGAACCCUUCACCGAGCCCCAGUCAGCAGGACCAGGGGUCACGACCUUCCCCUCACUGCUGGCUUUAUCUAUAGGGGAGGCCCUACAACAGCCCAUAGUGACAAUGUACACUCAAGUCAACACUGAAAUUCUGUCCCCUGUGUUCACCCCCUCCCAGGGCCCCUUUCCAUGUGAUAUCACACUAGUCAGUCUCAGAAAUCUUGUUAAUGAGGUUUUAGACUAUCAAGGUACGAGUCUAGUGCUGCAUCGUAGUGGAUUCCUGUGUUCCUUGCCCUCAGAUGGCACAGAGUGUUCUCUGACAUCUAAUGUGACUAUAAGUACACUUCUAAAAGACCUCUCUGUGGUUAGUGUAAGGGAGACCACUCUUACACAUAUGUAUGAGAAGAGAACUUGGAGCCCACAUUCCGAACUCGAUAUACCUCCGAUGGAGAUCACUUCCUACAAAUUGACCUUGUGACCUGAUGCGUACAUAACAUUUAUCAAAUCAUUCCAGUUCAUAAAACCAUAGAUUUUUAUGAAUUUAUCAUUCUUCAUACAAUUGUACUAUUAGAAAUCAACAUGAAAUGUCUUAGACUCAAAUUGGAUGAUAGAAGUCUUAGUCGAGUGUUACUUCUCAUCAAUUCAUGAUGAGACGCCAAAAUUGAUAGACUUCAAGAAUUUAGGAAAAUGAUCUGUAUACGGUUAUGUUCAAAGGCACAUGCUUUUCAUAUUCCUAGAAGGCAGUGACGAUAAUUGUAUUCAGUCCCUGGUUUGUGAGCACAUUGUUCAAGGAAAGUUUGUGAUUUUUUUUGUAUUUUAACCCAUUCACCCCUAAAGUCACAUUUGAACCUUGCCAAAUCAAAGACUGGGCAAGUCCAGUUUAAAUAUGUAGGUGUGAAUGAGUUAAUUGAUUAAAGAUUAAAGGCAAGGGCUCAUUGUUAAAUUACAAUAAGCAAUAUUAGCAAAGUUAAGAAACAAAUUAAUUUAUAAACAUGUGCCAUACAUAGUUAUGGAAAUGUUUGUGUUGUUUGAAGUGUACAGAGAUUCCUUAUGUCCUAUUUUGUACAUGUUCUAUUUUACAAGAAAGCUGUGUUAUAUUGUUGAACUCAUUCACCCCUGAAAUUUCAUAUUGAACUAAUCCACCUUUGAAUUGGGAGAGUUCAAAUGUUUCUUCAGGGGUAAAUGAGUUUAAGCUUCAUAAGUGUAACUUUGAACAUGGAAGUAGUUUUGUUAUUCCUGUUUCAAAGGAUCCCUGUCCCACUGUACUGUUUUUUUUCCUACAUAGAGUAACCUCCCCUUAACUUCUACUUGGAUAUAACAGUAGCACAGUUGGGCAAGGGCAUUUCUGUUGACCAUGCAGGUAGCUCUAUCGGUCAGAGCGAUAGUAAUAGCAAUCUAAGGCCUAGGGUUAGAAUCCCGGUCUCGCCACACUGAUGUUGAUUAUAUUUUGUGUAUUUCAUCUUUUAUUAUUUCUCAUAAAAGUCCUGUAAGGUGUGGUUUUCUUUUCAGAAAUGAUUUAACAAAGCUAUAGUCAUGUCACACGGUUUUUGGCAGUGGUACGGGGAUCCGUUAAUGUUCAUUUAGAAAUUUAAUUCAUGAAGAAACUAAUGAACUACAAUAUUUUACUAAUAUUAUGUGUGACUUCAAAUUUGUACAGAUUUGUCAUCUUACCAGUUUCAAACUGAGACCAUGUGGUACACUAUGAAAAUAAGAUUUACGAUAUGCGUAAUUUGUUAUCCCAUUAAAGUUACAAGGUUAUUGAAUUUAAAUCCAUGAUAAUAGAAAUUGUUUACAUAUUGUAAUUUUAUAACCUUGAUUUUUGUUUCAACAUGCAUGGCUAGAGUGUUAAAAAGAAUGUCAUUGGUAUUGACAGAAAUUUGUUUUACUUGUUCAUGAUGUCAUGUUACUAUAAUUGGACUAACUGUGACGUCAUGUUACUGUAGUUGGACAACUGACAUCACGUUACUAUGGGGACAACUGACAUCACGUUAAUAUAGUUGGACAACUGACAUCACAUUACUAUGGUUGGACAACUGACAUCACGUUACUAUGGUUGGACAACUGACAUCACGUUACUAUAGUUGGACAACUGACAUCACGUUUCUAUGGGGACAACUGACAUCACGUUACUAUGGUUGGACAACUGACAUCACGUUACUAUGGUUGGACAACUGACAUCACGUUACUAUGGUUGGACAACUGACAUCACGUUACUAUGGUUGGACAACUGACAUCACGUUACUAUGGUUGGACAACUGACAUCACGUUACUAUGGUUGGACAACUGACAUCACGUUACUAUAGUUGGACAACUGACAUCACGUUACUAUGGGGACAACUGACAUCACGUUACUAUGGUUGGACAACUGACAUCACGUUACUAUGGUUGGACAACUGACAUCACGUUACUAUGGUUGGACAACUGACAUCACGUUACUAUGGUUGGACAACUGACAUCACGUUACUAUGGUUGGACAACUGACAUCACGUUACUAUGGUUGGACAACUGACAUCACGUUACUAUGGUUGGACAACUGACAUCACGUUACUAUGGUUGGACAACUGACAUCACGUUACUAUGGUUGGACAACUGACAUCACGUUACUAUGGUUGGACAACUGACAUCACGUUACUAUAGUUGGACAACUGACAUCACGUUUCUAUGGGGACAACUGACAUCACGUUACUAUGGUUGGACAACUGACAUCACGUUACUAUGGUUGGACAACUGACAUCACGUUACUAUGGUUGGACAACUGACAUCACGUUAAUAUAGUUGGACAACUGACAUCACGCUACUAUAGUUGGACAACUGGCAUCACAUUACUAUAAUCGGACUAACUGUGAUGUCAUGUUAUUACAGUUGGACUAUGACAUCACGUAUUGACUAAAAAUAUCUCAGUAUAUUUUUAGAAAAUUUAUUUUGAUUUAAACAUUAUAUAAUGUAUGAAAUCAGGAAAUUAGAAAUGAUUGAUUUUCUUCAUUCACAAAAUGGAAAUUAUUUCAGUUGAGCCUCUCUAUACAGAAAUACAAGUGUACUAUAGAUUCUGUUCCCUGACAAGACAUUUUCCCCCUCUGCAAUUAAUGGAGGGGGCAAAAUUAAGUCCAUAUUGAAAUUGUUUUCAUCUUUAAACAUCUGUUGAAUAAGCAGGUUUUACAAUGUAAAAAUUGAUUCUUCACUAAGAUCAUAUUUUUAAAUGAUGUCACCGAAUUUUGCUUACAGCUUGGUGUUUGUAUGAAAUAAAACUACUAUUUUUUGGAAUUUUCUUUUUGACAGUAAGAAAGAUCUUUAAAAACAAAUCUUCACAAUUUAUUCCUCAUAAGUUGAUUACACAACUUUUGUAUGAAAUAAAAUCCCUUGUAAUUAGCAAUGUUGUUGUUUGCAUGGAAAUGUUAUUCAAAAAUGUUUGGUGUCCAAGGUAAAAAAAAUUCUGUCAAAAGUUUAAAUUUCCAUGCAAUUAUUAAAAGAGCCUGAUCAAAGUUGUUGGACAUCUCAACAAAGAUAAUGGACGGACAGUUUAUGUAUGCUUGGCUUUGAUAGUGCUGUAACAUAGUAGGUGCCUAGCUUAUACAUCAGUAUCAAGUCAUAUUUCUGUAUCGUGAGGGUUUGUUGAUAUUUGAGAUUGACUUGUGUACGAGGUGAUUUGUAUUACUGCGAAUAGUUAUAUUCUCACAGAACCUAACAUUUGACAUGGAUUUUUAACUUUUUAAUUAAACUUAAUUGAAAAUCAAUUUAAAAAAAUAAAAAAUCACAGGACUGCUUGACAUCAUUAUAUCGAUAAUGAUUCAGGUUAAUUUGGAUUGGAAAUCCACAUUGUACAUACUGGAAAAGAGAAAUUUUCGGGGGUUGAAAUUUUCACGCAUCUCGUAAUUUCUGGUAAAUAAAAGCAAUUCUUUUCAAUCAACUUUUCCUAGCCACCUAUGUUAAUGUUACAAGCAGAAUUUUUCUGUGUGAACAACUUUUCACUGUAAAAUGAAAACUAGAAAUUAAAUCCACAUAAAAAGUGAAUCACUUUUGAUAGAUAUAGUUCUUCCAUUACUCGGGGAAAUAAUGUGUAUAUUUCCAGAUUUGUAUAGAACUUGAAGUGUCUGUGUCCAGAUGCAAGUCAUCCUAGCUAGAAACUCCAAACUGGAAUAUGUCGUGACAAAAUUGAAGGCUCUGUUUGUGCGACCUUGUGGAUGCCACAAGUAGACCAGUUUGAUCCUUUGAUCACAUCAAGAGAAUCAUGCAGCAGCAUAACGGUAAAAUUGACAGACUUUAAAACCAGGUGUCGCUCCUCUGUAAUCUUCAAAGCAUAGUUAUCAUCUUAGUGAUUCAGACAUAGGUCAGGUGGUUUUUUUUACUUGAAACCAAUGAAACAGCUUAUUAUUUGCCUUGGAUUUUAUUAUGACAUAUUCCAGGGAGUAAGAGAAACUAAUUUCUGGAUGGAUGCGAGUCCUACAGUAAGGGAGGUUUCGGAAUUGGGAUACUAUUUAAAAUGAAUUUGUAAAAACUGUACAAAUCGCUUUCUGGACACAAUCAGGAAAUAAAUUGUUCAUUACAUAUAUCAAAGCUUUACUUUAUACACAAUGAACAUAUUAAACGUGUCGUAGGGUUUCAAGUCCAACUGGUCCCUUUGUCAAGCUAUGAUUGAGUGAGCAGUUUGAAUAGAUCACCUAUAGAACGAUAUUUGAUACAGUGUGUUUAACAAACACUCUCUAUUGAUAGGCGAAACAUACCCGGUCGAGUAAAAAUAUGAAAUAUACAAUUUCGUCACUUCGUUGUACAGAUAAACAAUACAAAUUGCUCACUCACUCAUAACU